UCACAUCACAUUUUCUUGUCACGUUCCUACUCCAUACCAUCAGUUUGAUGAUCACAACUUCCGUUUAAGUUUUACUUUCGUCGUUGUUCUUGCUUUUUUUCCCCAUCCUCAGUUCCGUUUCGAACUCGCAACCUCCGGUAAAAUCGAGAAGAAAUGGCUGCAAACGGGAACGGAAACGCAAUGGGAAGGAACGGACUUCCCGUGAUUCAGACCAGGCCUAACGGAAUAUGCCAUGACGAUAGCUCAGCUCCGGUGAAGGCGAACACGAUAGACGAGCUUCAUUCUCUCCAGAAGAAGAAAUCAGCACCCACUACUCCCCUUACUGGGAUCAGCAGUGAUGGUACUGCUUUCUCCUUCGUUUCUGAAGAAGAACGCAAGGAGAAACAGCUCCAGUCCAUCAGUAACUCAUUGGCAUCGCUGACGAGAGAAACGGGGCCGAAAGUGGUGAAAGGAGACCCCGCCAAGAGGACCGGAGAGACGCCGAAGGUGAGCCAUCACCACCACUUCACCGUCACGCCAACCAUCAGCGUCAGUGACAGCUCUCUCAAGUUCACCCAUGUGCUCUACAAUCUCUCCCCUGCUGAGCUGUAUGAGCAGGCUAUUAAGUAUGAGAAAGGGUCGUUCAUCACGUCGAGUGGCGCGUUGGCCACACUCUCUGGUGCCAAGACUGGGCGUUCUCCGAAGGAUAAGCGUGUCGUUAGGGAUGAAUCUACUGAGGAUGAUCUUUGGUGGGGAAAGGGUUCACCAAAUAUUGAAAUGGAUGAGCACACCUUCCUUGUGAACAGAGAAAGAGCUGUUGAUUAUCUGAAUUCCUUGGACAAGGUCUUUGUCAAUGAUCAAUUUCUGAACUGGGAUCCAGAGCACCGAAUCAAAGUCCGGAUAGUGUCUGCCAGAGCUUACCAUUCGUUGUUUAUGCAUAACAUGUGUAUCCGACCUACACCCGAAGAGCUGGAGAAUUUCGGUACUCCGGACUUCACUAUUUAUAAUGCUGGACAGUUUCCGUGUAACCGUUACACACAUUACAUGACAUCUUCUACUAGCAUAGAUUUAAACCUUGGUAGAAGAGAAAUGGUCAUCCUCGGCACACAGUACGCCGGGGAAAUGAAGAAAGGUCUUUUCAGUGUAAUGCAUUAUCUCAUGCCUAAGCGUCAAAUACUCUCACUUCAUUCUGGCUGCAAUAUGGGCAAAAGUGGAGACGUUGCCCUCUUCUUUGGAUUGUCAGGUACUGGUAAGACAACUCUUUCUACUGACCACAAUCGGUAUCUGAUUGGAGACGAUGAACACUGUUGGAGUGACAAUGGUGUAUCAAACAUAGAAGGUGGUUGUUAUGCGAAGUGCAUUGAUCUCUCUCGGGAGAAGGAGCCUGAUAUUUGGAAUGCUAUCAAGUUUGGAACUGUGUUGGAAAAUGUUGUAUUUGAUGAACACACAAGAGAGGUAGAAUUUGAAGAGAAAUCAGUUACAGAAAACACUCGCGCUGCCUAUCCUAUUGAGUACAUCCCAAAUGCUAAGAUCCCAUGUGUUGGUCCACAUCCUAAGAAUGUCAUACUUUUAGCAUGUGAUGCAUUUGGUGUUCUUCCUCCAGUGAGCAAGCUAAACAUGGCUCAAACCAUGUACCAUUUCAUCAGUGGCUACACCGCUCUGGUGGCUGGUACUGUAGAGGGUGUGAAGGAGCCCCAGGCAACAUUCUCAGCUUGCUAUGGUGCAGCGUUUAUUAUGUUACAUCCUACAAAAUAUGCUGCAAUGCUAGCUACAAAAAUGGAAAAACAUGGAGCAACAGGAUGGCUCGUUAACACUGGAUGGUCAGGUGGAAGCUACGGCAUGGGGAAACGUAUGAAGCUGGCAUACACUAGAAAAAUCAUCGACGCUAUACAUUCUGGUAGCCUUUUGGAUGCUACUUACAAAAAAACUGAUGUUUUUGGAUUAGAUAUCCCAACUGAAGUUGAGGGCGUGCCAUCGGAAAUCCUGGAUCCUGUGAACACUUGGUCGGAUAAGAAGGCCUACAAGGAAACACUUCUGAAGCUGGCUGGCCUGUUCAAGAAGAACUUUGAGGUGUUUACCAGCCACAAGAUUGGCAAGGACAACAAGCUCACCGAGGAGAUCCUCGCUGCUGGUCCUGUCUUCUGAACUUCUGCAGAAGAAGAUGAAAGAAAAGAGCUGAAUUGAAUCCGCAAUGUGGAAUUAAAUUGCUUAAAAUAAGUUAAUGGCUAGAUGUAGUGUAAUAUUUGUACUGUUCAGUUCAAGCUCUUGCAGUUGCUAAUAUCUGUUUUACUUCCCUCCAGAUACUUUAGAAUAUGUGAAAUCUGUGAGUAGGGUGCAUAACAAAUUGGUUCCCGGUUCUGUUUGCUGUUAUUUCAAAGAGUAAUGAAAACAUAUUCUUGAUUUCA